AAAAAGAGAGAAGAAAAAUGGCCACACUAUGAAAAGACAAUAAGGUCACAUGAGUUUGAGCAGUCGAAAAAAGAGCGGGGAGAAAAGACGAAGCGAAAUAAAACGCAACCAACGCCGAAGCACAUAUGAAGAUAAGCGAUUGUGUUUUAUCCGCAAUUCUCACGUUCCUGGACUCAACAACUUUUAUUUCGCUUCUUGGAAGCCAAUGACGCUAGAGUUCUUGGAGUUUGUAUGAAGACGGGCAGAGACUCGUGGUGCAAGCACUGAAGUAUACUGGACAUUGGAGAAGCGACGGAACCCACAAGGAGAGAGUCAUCUCGCUUGUGGGUGGAUAAUAAACAUUGCAGAAGACGGAGUCCAACGUGGGUGCGCACGUCAGGCAGCUGAAAAAAGCGCACAUUUAUAUGUAUGUAUGCGAGAUCGUGCACAUACUGCCAUCUCGCUCUAACCAACGAAGUUCUUGCGGGCCAGCAACUAGAGGCUUGAGUGCGCAGUUGGCUGAUGAAAUCGAGUGAAAAUUUCUGGAUUGUGGUUUGUUUGGUAAGUGCCAAUUUGAUUGUUGAUUUGGGGAAAGGUUAGUCUGCGGGUGAUGAUCACCAGAGCAAUGAGCAAAUUAAGGGCAACGGAUGAAAUGGACGAGGACAACGUUGAGAUGGGAAAAGUGGAAAGAGAAACCGCGCGAGGUGAAACCCCUCCAAAUAUGGAGGGGGCCGGGCCCGGCACAUCAAAAGGAGCCCAAUCACAUGGCGUUGUUAACGUUAUGAUGGAGAUGUGGUGCCAAAUGCAAGAUGGUCAGCGGGCCAAUGCAAUGCAAAUGCAGCAGUUCCAAAUGGAAGUUCUGCGGAUGAAUCAAAUUCAAAUGGAAAAAACUAAUAUACUUCUGCAAUCCCUUGGUAUUAGUGGAAGGACAACUGGCGAGCCACGACCACAAUCAACCACGGCUGAGCCCUCAGUGAUAUCAGACGCAGUCUCAUCACCUAGGCAACCGGUUCCUUCUCAGGAAACGCAAAGAAAAUUGUACGAUCUACCGGAGUUUGAUGGUGAUCCCGAAGAGUGGCCAAUGUUCAACGAAGCUUUCACUAUGACCACUGCAGAGUACGGAUACAGUGACCGGCAAAAUAUGUUACGCCUCCAAAAGGCAAUAAAGGGCAAGGCUAUGGAGACCGUUGAAUGUUUGCUUAUUCACAGUUCUAACGUUUCAAAUAUUUUAGAGACCCUUAAACAAAAUUUUGGUAGACCGGAGAAACUCGUAAAAAGCCAGAUUAGUCGCGUUAGAGAAUUUCCGAGCAUUCGCGAAGGGAGAUUGGAACAAUUAGUAGAGUUCAAAAUGAAGGUACAAAACUUGGCUUCAUUCUUAGAAGCAGCUAACGCACGUCAGCAGUUAAAAAACCCAACAUUAAUGGAGGAGUUAAUCUUAAAGUUGCCAGUGCAACAGAGACUGGAGUGGGCACGCCAUUCCAAGCAACUAGGAGAUGAAAAAUCGAUCAGUCAUUUAAAGUCUAUGGCUUCAGGGAUUGGCCGAAGAAGUGCAAGACUCAGGAUUGGUUGACGAUCAGGCGACGUUCAAGCCAAAGAAGGAAAAGUCGAGACUAUUCCAUGCAAACGACAUCGGACUUGUAACCACGAAGGCGUGCUCCGCAUGCAAUGGGAAACACGACUUGGAAAACUGUAACUCAUUUGCCCAGUUAGCACUUGAAAAAAAAUGGCAGCAUGUAAGGGAAAGAAAAUUAUGCUUCAAUUGCCUAAAGUACGGCCAUCGUAGUCAAAAAUGUAGACGACAUCACCAAUGUGGACUUGAUGGAUGUGCCAAACGCAUUCACCGUUUGCUCCAUGCAGAAUCAGUUAAUCAACCAGGCGAGGAAGUAAAGUUCACAGGAACAGCAACGCAUGAGGCUAGCUCAAUGAUUUUGUUUAAGAUAUUGCCUGUUAAUCUUCAUGCUAAAAAUAAAAUAGUGAGGUGCCACGCCUUUUUGGAUGAAGGUUCUGCAGUAACCCUUAUAAAUUAAAGCCUGGCAGACGAGUUAGGAUUGCAUGGGCCCAAAGAAAGUCUGACAUUGCAAUGGUUUGGAGAAAAGACAUCAACGGAAUUGGUCAGCCGAUUUAAUAUUGGAAUAUGUGAUGAACGUGGAGGCAAGGUCUAUGCACUAAACGGAGUAAGGACUAUUAAGGAUUUACGGCUGCCGAAGCAAUCCGUAAACGUGUCUGAGCUAAGUUCGCAAUACCCACACAUAAAGAGUAUUCCUGUGAAAGGCUAUAGAAAUGCUAGACCUGAAAUACUAAUCGGACUAGAUAACCUACAUUUGAUAGCUCCAAAGCAAAUGAGAUCUAUGGGAUACGUUGGGCCAU